AUGGUUUUGCGUUUUGUGUUGUGUGUGAUCACUUUGCUUGUGAGCAUUGGCUGUGCUGGUGUAACGGCGGCUGAAGGCGUUGGCCCUUCUGCUCUUGCUACCCCUUCUCAACCUGAUUCUGAUAAUUGUAUUCAAGAUUCUACUGAUGGUUCUGAAUGUCCUCCUAAACGUAUACAACCUGAAGAUCAUUCUAAAAAUUGUGAGGGUAGUACUGAGAAAGGUAAAUGUCCUAAAACGGAUAAAGCCAUUGAAGGCGGUGAGUCUUUAAGAGAUGAACAUGCGAAUGGCCUUUCUUCUGUUCUUGAGGCUACGGGUGGUGAAUUGGUAACAAGAGUUUCGCAACCCGAACCAAAUGCAGUGGGAGUGGGAAGUGUAAGAGGUACGACAUUAAAUACAGAUGAUCUGGAGAAUCAAAAACAUGACGAAAGUGAAAGAGGAAAACCACCACUAACUCCAGAGGAUAGAACUCAUAGGGAAACUACUCAAUCAGAAGCUCAUGUACAGACCCAAGCGCAACAAAGCNUCCACCUGUUGGGAUUCUUUCUUCUUUUUUUUGUUUCUUAA